UCUGUGCGCGUGCGCCUGGACGGGCGCUUUGUGCGCUGCCCCCGGGAAAGGCGACGGCCACGUGACGCAAGCCGAGCUAAGCGCUCCUCUCCAUCCCAAGGUGCCUCCAGCCUCGGCGCCUGUUCUUCUGCCUUUUCCCUCCCUCCCUGGCCCCGGGCACGGGAGUCGUCUGAAGCGAGGCGGGGCCUGCAGAUAGAUACCCAGAGACAGAGAUUUAAAUUUCAUUCUCAGCAAGAACAGCAGCAGUAGCGGCAGCAGCAGCAGCAGCCGCCCCGGCGCACAGCGACAGACGCGCGCGCGCCCCGACUAGUCCCGUCGGCUCCUCUGCCGCCGCCGCCGCCGCUGCUCGCUUGCUCGCUUGCCCUGCCUGCCUGCCUGCCAGCCAGCCAGCCAGCCAGCCAACCAGCCAUGGGCCACUCCGCCGCCGGGGAGCCGGGCCUCAUCGCCAACGUGGUGAACGACACCUUGGAGUUCUACCGCUGGACCUGGACCAUCCGAGACAAACGCGUUGAUGACUGGCCCUUGAUGCAGUCUCCAUUUCCCACAUUGGCUAUAAGUACUCUUUACCUCCUCACUGUUUGGCUUGGUCCCAAAUGGAUGAAGACAAGGGAGCCUUUCCAGUUCCGCUCAUUAUUGAUUUUUUACAACUUUGGAAUGGUUCUACUUAACUUCUAUAUUUUCAAAGAGCUACUUUUGGCAUCAAAAGCUCGAGGAUACAGCUAUAUCUGUCAGAGUGUGGAUUAUUCAGAUAAUGAAUAUGAAGUCAGGAUAGCUGGGGCUUUAUGGUGGUACUUCGUAUCAAAAGGAAUUGAGUAUCUGGAUACAGUAUUCUUCAUCCUAAGAAAAAAAUUUAACCAAAUCAGUUUUCUUCAUGUCUAUCACCAUUACACUAUGUUUACUUUGUGGUGGAUUGGCAUAAAAUGGGUUGCAGGAGGGCAAGCUUUUUUUGGAGCACAAAUCAAUGCUUUUAUCCAUGUUAUUAUGUACAUGUACUAUGGACUAGCUGCCUGUGGCCCAAAAUUUCACAAGUACCUUUGGUGGAAACGAUACUUGACCAUAAUGCAGCUGAUUCAGUUCCACGUGACAAUUGGCCACACGGCCAUGUCUAUUUAUAUUGAUUGUCCCUUUCCUAAAUGGAUGCACUGGGGCGUCAUUUUCUACGCCAGCACUUUCAUUAUCUUGUUUGGUAACUUCUACUAUCGGACAUACAAGAUGCCCAAGCAGCCUGUAAAGAAUGGCAAGAUUACCAAUGGUGUUGUGGCAAAUGGUAUAAGCAAACCAGAAAAUGGUCUAGUUGUGGAAAAUGGAAAAAAGCAGAAAAAAGCAAAAGGAGAGUAACUGGAUCCAGGCCUUAACCAUUGUUGGCAGUGAGGAGUCUCCAAAUUGGUUGUAAAAGAGAAAGAAACGUUAUCCUAUCUAUACCAAUUGACCUUUAGGUUAUUGAAGAGAUAGAAAACAUUAUUUAUGAAGAUCGUUUUAACAACAGCCCUUCAACUUUAAAAAUUCUAUUGUAAUUAUGUAAUUAUUAAGACUCUCAUGAUCUCUAUGUAAACUUUUAGACUGCUGGUGUUGGUAAUGUAAGAAAGAAUUGCUGAAGCAUAUCCUGUCAAUCCAAUGGUUAAUACUACAAUUAACCAAGGGUACAGUUGACUUGUUGGAGCAGACAUUUCUUUGAAAAAAUGAAUAUUGUAUAAAUCUUUCUGAACCUAUCAUUUGUUUUAAGACCAAAUCAUUCCCUAAUUAGGACAUGGAUUUUUUCUUGCCCUCUUUUAUCAUAGUUUUGUUUUAUAGUCUCUUAAACUACAUGUUACCCUAAUUUGUCCACUAUAUCUGUUACAACUUCUCUUGUGUGGAAAUGCACCUACCUCUUCAUUUUUUGAAAGUAAUACCUAACAUUAAAUACUAAUUUUUGAAAUACAGAGUCUGCCAAUAUAAAUUUUGUUCUGUUCUAAUUAGAAAAAAUUAUUUCAUUUUUUUUAAAUGUAUUUUCUCAUUAAUGAAGAGGACAUAUUUGAAAGGUCUGUAUCUGAAACAAAUGACAAACCAUGGUCUAAAUCUAAGACAAUCCUUGUUUCUAAGGUGUCAUGAAACUAUUGUUUGUUGUCUCCAGUUGCAUGAAACCCAUGGUGCUAAUGCUUAAAAUGGUUGGAUGUUAUAUUGUGGUAGAGGGGAGGACAGAACUCAAGUUUUUAUUUUGCUAAUGGCCUACUUAUUUAGUACUGGGCAUGUUAAAUAUAAAGAGGAGAAAUUCAUCAGCAUAGAGUCUUGCAGCUGAAAGCCUCCACCCAACAAUAGAACUCAAGUUAGCCACGACCAGCUUGUUCCAUUGGGUUCAGUGGGACUUAAGUCAUGAUUAAAUUUAGUUAAAUUGGGGCCCAAGUGCUUAAAUGUCAUGAGCAAAUGCACUGUAGAUAAUAUUGUUGUGAACUGUUUACUCACAAGGUGGUCUUGCCUCUAGUACUGUAAUACUUGCGGGCUCAUGAUCUUUUUACAGGUACUGUACAAAUAGACUCGUAAUUGAUUCUUCUUGCAGUCAUGUCACUGCAAGAGCAAUAUUGGCUGGUUAAGAUUCCAUCCCUUCCAUAUCAGCUUCUCUAAGUCUAAUUUCCAUGGCUGUUCUGCUCAUCAUUCCUUCUGCUGCACCAUUAUGGCUUGCCUCUAAGGCUUAUUGUCAGAGUACCUCAAGCUCAACUCCACUAUGGACUGGAUACAUUUUAUUGCACAACUGUGAAGAAAGUACAGUAAGGAUUCUCCAUUUGCACAGCCCUGGAAAUGGAUGUGGAGAGAAGUCAUGAUUUGCUCCAGCUUGGAUUGAGUUUGAGGCACAGCUGGAACUAGAACUGAGGAGGUCGUUAGAUUUCUCUGCUCUGAAUACCAGAGCCAUCCUCAUAUAUUUAUGAGAAAGAGAUUUCUCUCUAGUAAUGUAUUUUAUAUCAUGAAAAUAAAGCUAUUUAGUUGAGACAGAAGCUCGCAGGACAUUCUGUUUUUACUUUUAUCCAUCUUGUAUUGUCUGUAAAAACGAUAGGAGAACAAACCCCCCUGUAUUUCUGAAUAUUUACUAUGUCUCUGGCUUAAUGGUUUUGCCCAAAACACUCCCAAAGCAAUCCAAAAGUAUAAUUGGAAAGGUUAUAAAUGUCUGGACACAGAUCAUCUUUACAGGUUUAUUUGGCAGGCUGGUCUCCCAAAGUAACCCAAACUGGGUGUGAAAAUACUGGCAUGGGCUGCAGCCCUAACUAGGGAGUAGGCCCAUGGAACACUGUGAGACUUACUUCUGAAUAAACCUGUUUAGGAUGACACUGUGGAAAUACACAGCAGAUCUCUUAAAUCUUAACUGGUCUGGGACCAUCAAGUAGCUUCUCUGAUUAGGGUUGUUUCUUUUGUGCUUUCCAAAAUGGAGCCGAAAGGUGGGUGUUGUUGUAGGCAGCUGGCAGAACCGGGUGGGGUGACCUUGCUCACCUGGCUUCUGAAUGUGGGGGUCGCUGCUGCUAAUAGGGAGGGGGUGACUGCAGGUAGCUUGGUUUCCAGCAGGCACAGUAGCACAAGCAGUGGGUUGGCUCCAGCACCAGCAACCUGCUGAACUCCUCACAACCUCAACUGUUACUCAACAGCCUCUGUUACUGGCAGCGGACUCCAUGUUGGGAAGCCAAGUACGCAAUGCAGCUCCACCCCACCAGCUGUUCCUGCAGGCAACAAACAUCUUGGGACAUGAUACGCUAAAGGGCUGUUGAUUUUAUUGGGGGAGAAUUAAGCAUGUGCUUAACUUUUUCAUUGAAAUCAAUGGGACUUGCAUGUGCUCAACCUUGUCUGGAUUAUUCCCUUAAUGUAUAGAAAUAAAAAGUAAAAGAUG